AUGACGGCUGAGGAACAGGUCACCGAGGAACCCUCCGGGCCACCAGUGGCGUUAGCGCCAUCCGAGCCGGCGGACGAGCCGCCCGCGCCCGCGGAGGAACCGCCUGCGGCGUCCCUUCAAGAGGUCGACUUCGCCGCGCUCCGGCGGGAGCUCGCCGAGGAGAAGGAGCCGGCACCAGUGAGGUCGGCGCCCUUCGCCCUCUUCGCCGACUCGGCGUCCAUGCAGGGCCGAAGACCCAAGCAGGAGGAUCGACAUGUCAAGAUCCCAGACCUCACCAAGGCGGCCAAGGCUCUGAAGAUGCCCAUCGAUCAUCUCCCUCAGCCCUGCGCCUUCUUCUCGGUCUACGACGGGCACCAGGGUCAGCAGUGCUCGGACUUCGCAGCCAAGGGUUUCCAUGGGAAGCUGCUGAAGCGGUUGUCCGCGGACACCGACCCUGCUGCCUGGACGGAGGAGCGGAUAUGUAGCACCUUGAAGGAGAUCUGCGAGGAGCUUGAUAGCGAGUUCCUACAGAAGUUUCGGACCUCACCGGAUGGCACUACCCUGGUCGUGGCUUUGGUGGUGGGCACCAAGCUCUAUACCGCUUGGGUGGGCGAUUCGAGAUUGGUUUUAUGCCAAAGGUCUCAGAUGCAACAGCUGCUUGCGGUGGCCGUCACCAAGGACCAUCGGCCGAAUCUGGAGGCUGAGGCCAAGCGGGUGAAGGACGCUGGUGGCCUGGUCUUGGACUUCGGCAUGGGCGUGUACAGGGUUGCCCAUGAUGGCUACGAGGAGAAGAUGCGAGAGAUGAAGCGCCAACAAGCGUUGGGCAUGGGAUUCUCUGGCAAGGAGCCCGUGGCCCUGGCGGUCUCCCGGGCCUUGGGCGAUCGCGACUUCAAGGCAGUGACGGGGAAGCCACUCCUCAUCGCAGAGCCAGAUGUGAAGUGCGUGCAACUCGAUAGGACGCACAUGUCCAUGGCCUUAAUGUGCGACGGGAUCUCCGACGUGAUGCAAGACGACGAGAUCUGCGCGGAGCUGGAGAUGCGGAGGCCUGGGCCACCCGACCCUGUGAAGCGCUGCCGAAUAGCGUGCGGCGCGCUGGUUCAGGAGGCCUACAAGCGAGGGAGUGAGGACAAUCUCACGGUGAUCUUCGUACGCUUCCAAUGGGAAGGUGGCUAUCAGGAGGCGCCCUUGCCAAGCAACCACCCGUAUGCCAUAGCGUUGGCGCAAGCUGCGUCGAAAGGCACCACUGCAGCCGCCGCCUCGAAAAAGAGGCGUCAAGAGGCGGCGGCCAGUGUGAAACGGCAAAAGGUGGAUGCCUACGAGCGCGCCAUGGCGCAACAAAACCGGGAGGAGGAAGCUCGGUCGAAGGUCGACACCAACGGUGCGAAAGCAUCCGAGUCGAAGCCAAAGGAGUCUGACAAAGAAGAGAAGAAAGAGGAAGAGGAUGAUGAGGAUGGCCUGAAGCUCAGUCAAGCCCAAGACGAGAUGGGACCCACCGUGCCUUUGGUGAAGCGAAAAGAUCAGAAUGGCAGGAGAGCUGAAGAGACCAUUUUGGCCGGGUGCGCUAGAGCUGCGCGCCGUGAAUUGCAGGUACAGAAGGCGGUCAUGGCGUUGCAAGAGGCCAUGCGGCUCUACCGCAGCACGCUGAGAGCCGCCAGCAAGUUCACGGAUUACAACUUCCGGCAUUACUUUGCUCGCCGGGCCCGGGAGGAUUUUCGCGCCUUCUAUGAUGGCAAGCCUGAUGAUGCCAGUCGGCAGGCCUUUUUGGCGAAGGCGAAGGAGAACUUAGAGAUGUUGGAGAGACAAAGCAUGGUGAGUCAAAUGUACCGGGUCACAUCUCCGAUCACUCGAAGAUGAGGUUUAGACGCCCUCCUUUGGUGAAGAAUCCGCUCUGUUCUGAGCCGACAGGGGCCUGAGAACGCACUCGUCCGCAAAGUCGCGGAUGGUUUAGGACGUGGCUCAAGCCUGAAACACUCAAAGUCGUAAAGAAAUCCAAAAAUGAAUUAUUAUAGUUAUAUAUAUUUGAAUUAUAAUAUAUAUUUGAAUUAUAUACCCCCAGAUUUGUUG